ACAUACGUUUUAACCAAAAAAAAAUUCCAAAGUCAUAUGCCCCACUAAAUGUUGCACCUUCCUAGAAACUCUUUAUACACUCACUAUUAAUUCAACCCUUAAGAUAGAGUCAUGUUCAUAUAAAAAGUGCCUAUUUAAGGCAUUCAAAAUUUGUCAAAACUUAAAAAUACUCACAUUUUGUAGCUCUAGGAGGAUGGAAAAUAGUAAGAAUGGAUCCAAAACUACGACUUUAUACGAAGAUUUGUUACCCGUAAUGGCUGAUAAGCUCGAUGUUGAGACGUUUGUUUUGGAGCUUUGUGGAGGGUUCAGGCUGUUAGCUGAUCCUGAUAAAGGGAUGAUCACGCCUGAGAGCUUGAGGAAGAACGCGAGUCUUCUAGGAAUGGAGGCGAUGAGUAGGGAAGACGCAAUUGACAUGGUUCGUGAAGGAGAUCUUGAUUGGGAUGGAAUGCUAAAUGAAAGAGAAUUUUGCAUAUUGAUGGUGAGGCUUAGUCCUGGAAUGAUGAAUGAUGCUGAAAUGUGGCUUCACAAAGCUAUUGAACAGGAACUUCAAUCACCAACUGCUUAGUUUAGUACAAUUUACGUAGGUAACAUUGUAUUAUCUGCAUGAAAUAAUUGUUUCCUUUGACAU